GACAAAGCCAAACAACCAAAUAGCCAAAGCACCGAGUUUACUAUAUAUAUAAUAACGUAGCUAUAACACACACGCACCUCUUACCAACUCAACUUCCACUCUUGUCAAUCAUCACACACAAUGGCUUUCACCAAUGUUUUCCUCGCUCCUUCAUUCGCCCUACACGGUAGUAGGGUUUCUGAUCCGCGUUCCAUUCCGCUCCUCUGUCCUCCCUCCGACGUCGUCUUCCGUUCCUCAACCUCCUUCUCCAGGGACAGGAACAUUAUAUUUGCUUCUGCAUAUCAUGUGAAUGCAGUUGGUUCCGCUUCACUGAAAUCCAGUGACAAUCCCGACAAUGUUCCUAUGCCAAUAGUUCUAAUUGACCAAGACUCAGAUUCUGAAGCAACAAUUGUGCAGCUUAGCUUUGGGGAUCGCCUUGGAGCUCUUCUUGACACGAUGAAAGCAUUAAAAGAUCUGGGACUGGAUGUUUCAAAGGGAACUGUCUCUACGGAGGGAUCAGUCAAGCAAACGAAAUUUUUCAUUACACAAUCAGAUACUGGGCGCAAAGUUGAAGAUCCUGAUAUGUUAGAGAGAAUUCGACUUACCAUCAUUAAUAAUCUGUUAAAAUAUCAUCCUGAGUCAAGUGAACUACUAGCGAUGGGUGAAGUGUUUGGAAUAAAGUCUCCGAAGAAGAAGCGUAAUGAGGAUAUCAAAACUCAUAUACAGGUUAAGGAAGAUGGGCCCAAGAGGAGCUUGCUGUGUAUAGAGACGGCAGAUAAGCCUGGAUUGCUUGUUGAAAUCAUCAGAGUCAUUUCAGAUGUGAACAUUGAUGUUGAAUCGGCUGAGAUUGAUACAGAAGGUUUGGUUGCUAAGGAUAAAUUUCAUGUCAGUUACGGUGGGGCUGCAUUGAACAGUUCUAUGUCUCAGGUUUUGGUGAAUUGUCUUCGUUACUACCUGCGGACGCCAGACACAGAUAUUGACAGUUACUGAAGGAACCACCUUUACCUGUUAAAGCUAGCCACUAUAACUGUUGGCACACCAAAUUAGCCGUGACCUCGUGAUCACGAGCUAGAGUCAUACGGUAGCUUUACUGCUACCACAUAAUGGAACGGGUACGUGUUGCUCUUGUUGCUUAUGGAACCUAUGAAUGAAUACCUGUAACUAAUUAUGGAACGAAUAGAUGUUCUGUUGCCUAUGGUAUGGGAUCUAUGGAUACCUGGAACUUACUGAUCACCCCUUAAAUCAGAUAUGAAAGCUAAAAACAAUCGGAACAUGAA